AUGAUUAAGAUUGAAAACCUCACGAAGCAUUUCGGUGCGAAGCUCGCGGUGAAGGACCUGAACCUCGACAUUCCGGGGGGGACAUUUUUCUGUUUCCUCGGCCCCAAUGGCGCGGGGAAGACGACUUCGAUCAAGAUGAUGACGGGCCUCCUCCAGCGAGCAGUGGUCGCGCCAUCCUCGGCGGGAAAGACAUCCAGCAGGAUCCGGUGGAGACCAAGCGCCUGCUGGGCUAUGUCCCGGAUAUCCUUUCCUGUACGACAAACUGACGGGCCCGAGUUCAUGCGCUUCGUCGCGGGUCUGUAUCAGAUCUCCGAGCGGACUACCGGCGCGACUGCGACCGUCUGCUCGAGAUGUUCGAGAUAUUGA